UCAAUUGCAUAAAGCCGAAGUUCUUCUCCAAGGUUCUCAACCUCGCAAACUCACUUCUGGAUCUCUGCAACCUUGCAGGGUGCAGGAACGAAGUUUGCUCAGAACCUUUGAGGUGCUAGUGAAGGUUGGAAUUUCGAGACAAGAGGAUCGAGAGAGUGUCGGGACUGUUGAAGGAGGCAUUUUCGAGGCUCACUCGUAAUGGCGAUUAGAUUAGCCUCACCUCUAUUAGUUUUGCUUACGAUUUUGCAAUGGUUAAUAUCAAGUCCUCUCUUUGUUGCCGGUCAGGGUUCGUGGCAGUUGUUGCAAAACAAUGCUGGUAUCUCCUCUAUGCAUUCAGCCGUAACGCGCUUCAAUACCGUCAUCUUUCUUGAUCGGACCAACAUUGGUCCCUCCCAGAUCAAAUUGCCUGAUGGACGAUGCCGCCAGCAGCCUGCGGAGCGCAUUUCUAAGUCUGACUGCUAUGCCCAUUCCGUCAUGUUCAAUCCUGCCAAUGGUGCUGUUCGAGCUUUAUUCAUCUUCACAGACACCUGGUGCUCGUCCGGUCAGUUUAUGUGGGAUGGACAGAUGGUCCAAACGGGAGGAGAUUUUGAAGGCAACAAGAAGAUCCGAACACUUACCCCUUGCCCCGCUAGUGGAAACUGUGACUGGACGGAGACUGGUACGGAGCUGAGUAGGGGACGGUGGUACUCAACCAACCAUAUUCUUCCUGGUGGAAACCGUCAGAUCGUCAUGGGAGGUCGUAAUGAGCCCACAUAUGAGUUUGUGCCGAAGAGGACAGCCGGUGAGGGAGUGUUCGCUUUGAGUGUGUUGGGGGCAUGCUGCGACAAUCUCUAUCCUUUCGUGUUCAUGUUGCCCAAUGGUGAUCUCUUCGUUUUCGCCAAUCAAGACUCCGUGGUGAUGAACGUCGCUUCCGGCAAGGUGGUGAAGGCGCUUCCAAAGAUUCCUGGAAACCCCCGGAACUACCCAUCCGGAGGCUCUGCUGCCAUGCUUCCCAUUAAGGCGCCACACAACUCUGUAGAGAUUCUGGUUUGCGGAGGAGCUGCAACAGGUGCGUCUAGAACUGGGGACAAGGGAGCAGCCGCUUCAGCCAGUUGUGGGAGAAUCAACCCCACAGCUGGAGCCCCCGGAUGGGCAAUGGAGGACAUGCCUGUUCGUCGUGUAAUGGGUGACAUGAUUAACCUGCCGACAGGAGAAAUCCUGAUUAUCAACGGCGCCCAGAAUGGAUACCAAGGAUGGGGAACGGCAAGCAAUCCGGCCCUGCGGCCCGUCAAGUACAACGGCGAUUUUAGAGCAGGAACCAGGUUCCAGACUCUGACGGGCACCGCCAUCCCCAGGGUGUAUCACAGCACUGCAAAUCUGCUGCCGGACGGACGUGUGCUUGUGGCGGGAAGCAACACUCACCAAUUUUACACAUAUUCCGGCGAGUUCCCCACCGAGCUUCGCGUGGAAGCAUACUCGCCAGCUUACUUGGGUUCAAACUUCAACAAUGUCCGUCCCCAAAUCACUGGAGUUCCAGGAGUGAUAAAAUACAAGACGGCGUUUACUGUUACAUUCAAUAUCGGAGCUCGGACCGGAGGCUUUGAGGUUAACAUCCUGAGUGCUCCUUACUCAACUCACUCAUUUUCUCAAGGGCAGAGGGCCAUCAAGCUGGCAGUUGUAGCUCCAGUUCGGUCUGGAACUGGUUGGUCCACCAUCGUAACAGGCCCGCCCAGUGCCAACGUCGCUCCUCAACAGCACUACAUGCUGUUCUGUGUCCAGAAUGGCAUCCCUGGAACUUCUAGAUGGGUUAGGGUGGCCUAGAUGUACAUCGUUACUCGUAUUUGAUUGAGUGCACACUGUGCUUAACUUCUUUAGUUGGGCGUUUUUUUUAUUAGAGAUUUCAAUUCCUACAUUGCGGCGCUCCGUAAAUUGAACGGAUGCCAUAGAUUUAUCACCACUGGAUCCACUGAAACUCUCACCUGCUUUGUGAAUAACACCAAGUGUUGCACAUAGAUGAAGUGGACUUCACGUGGGCGAGCAGGAGAUAUCCAGACACAUUUAGUUGGUCAGGCUCUUCGGGAAUAACACCUUUGUUUUGUAGAAACAUGGCAGUCUAGCUCUCUGCGUAUUAGGAGUUUUGAGUGAUGGCUAUUUGAGUAACAUUUAUUCCAGCAACAUAACAAUUGUCGGGUUUGCACAAAUCAUGGCUGACGUUGCUGUGUUACAUCACACACUAAUCAAAUGUAACACUGUUUAUACUUUCUCGGAAAGUUCUAAUUUUGACCUAAAUAUAUUCGAUCA